CUCCACACUGACACAAAGCACUGAGGAAAAAAGAAAAGAAAGACAAUCUUUUUCUGAGAGAAUCAAUGGAGAAUUUCCCUGUUAUUGACCUCUCCAAACUCAAUGGUGAAGAGAGAUCAGCCACCAUGGAAAAGAUCAAAGAUGCUUGUGAGAACUGGGGUUUCUUUGAGCUGUUGAAUCAUGGUUUAUCUCAUGAGCUGUUGGACACUGUGGAGAGGGUUAACAAGGAGCAUUACAGAAGGUGCAUGGAGCAGAGGUUCAAAGAAAUGGUGAAAAGUAAGGGUCUUGAGGCUGCUCAGUCUGAAAUUGGUGACUUGGACUGGGAAAGCACCUUCUACGUCAAACACCUUCCUGAAUCCAACAUCUCGGAAAUCCCUGAUCUUCAAGAAGAAUACAGGAAGGUGAUGAAGGAGUUUGCCAAGGACUUGGAGAAGCUAGCGGAGCUGCUUCUGGAUUUGUUGUGUGAGAAUUUGGGGCUGGAGAAAGGGUACCUGAAGAAGGUUUUUUAUGGCUCCAAAGGUCCAAACUUUGGCACUAAGGUCGGCAAUUACCCUCCAUGCCCUAAACCUGACCUCAUCAAGGGCCUCAGGGCUCACACUGAUGCUGGUGGCAUCAUCUUGCUCUUCCAAGAUGACAAGGUCAGUGGCCUCCAGCUCCUCAAAGAUGGAAAAUGGAUCGAUGUCCCUCCCAUGAAACACUCCAUUGUCAUCAACCUUGGAGAUCAACUUGAGGUGAUCACCAAUGGGAAGUACAAAAGUGUGUUGCACAGGGUGAUUGCUCAGAGAGAUGGUACCAGAAUGUCCAUUGCUUCCUUCUACAACCCAGGCAGUGAUGCUGUGAUCUCCCCGGCCCCAGCUUUGCUUGAGAAAGAGGCUCAACUUUACCCCAAAUUUGUGUUUGAGAAUUACAUGAAGCACUACAUUGGUCUGAAGUUCCAGGCCAAGGAGCCUAAGUUUAUAGCCAUGAAGGCCAUGGAGGAGUCCACAGUCAACUUGGGUCCUAUUUCCACCGUUUAGCACUAUCUGUCUGUGUGUGUCUGUUUCUAGUCUUCUGAUGUGUGUGGAAGCUAUAGGGUACUAAAUAAGCUGAAAUAGAGUUUGGGUUGAUAUGUCACUGAGAAUUAUGAUAUGAUUAUGUCCUAGAAAAUGACCAUCUUAUAUCUGCUAUGAAAUUGCUUUCAUGAUACUAUUUUGGCCUUUUCAACUUUGUCUUCAGAGUCUAGAUCUUCAUAUCUAUCUUAUAAUGAUAAAAGUCGACUGCCUUC